AUGGCGAUUAGGGCUCGUCACCCUAACGUUCUCUCUCUCGUUCUUAUCUCCUUUCUCUCCAUAGCUUCUGCUAAGGUUUUCUUCGAAGAACGCUUCGAAGAUGGAUGGGAAAGUCGUUGGGUAAAAUCUGAAUGGAAGAAAGAUGAGAAUUUGGCCGGAGAAUGGAACUACACGUCUGGUCAAUGGAAUGGAGAUGCUAAUGAUAAAGGUAUUCAAACAAGUGAAGACUACCGAUUCUAUGCUAUCUCUGCUGAAUUCCCUGAAUUCACCAACAAGGAUAAUACCCUAGUAUUCCAAUUUUCUGUCAAGCAUGAACAGAAGCUUGACUGUGGUGGUGGAUACAUGAAGUUGCUUGGGGGCGAAGUUGAUCAGAAGAAAUUUGGGGGUGACACUCCUUACAGUAUCAUGUUUGGUCCAGAUAUCUGUGGUUACAGUACCAAGAAAGUACAUGCUAUUUUGACCUACAAUGACACAAACCAGUUGAUAAAGAAGGAUGUUCCAUGUGAGACUGACCAACUUACACAUGUUUACACAUUCAUCAUCCGUCCGGAUGCCACCUACAGUAUCCUGAUCGAUAAUGUGGAGAAGCAAACUGGUAGUCUCUACACUGAUUGGAAUCUUCUUCCUGCAAAGAAAAUUAAGGAUCCUGAGGCCAAGAAGCCAGAAGAUUGGGAUGAUAAAGAGUUUAUUCCUGAUCCCGAGGAUAAGAAACCAGAGGGAUACGAUGACAUUCCUAAAGAGAUUGCAGACCCUGAUGCCAAAAAGCCUGAAGACUGGGAUGAUGAGGAAGAUGGUGAGUGGACAGCACCUACCAUUGCCAACCCAGAGUACAAGGGUCCAUGGAAGCCCAAGAAAAUUAAGAACCCUAACUACAGUGGAAAGUGGAAGGCACCAUUGAUUGACAACCCAGACUUCAAGGACGACCCAGACCUAUAUGUUUUCAAGUUGAAGUAUGUUGGUAUUGAAUUGUGGCAGGUGAAAUCUGGUACCUUGUUCGACAAUGUUGUUAUUACUGAUGAGCCCGAGUAUGCCAAACAACUAGCUGAAGAAACAUGGGGCAAACAAAAGGAUGCCGAGAAGGCAGCAUUUGAAGAAGCUGAGAAGAAGAAAGAAGAGGAGGAAUCAAAGGAUGACCCAGUUGACUCUGAUGCGGAAGAGGAUGAAGAAGAUGAUGAUGCUGGCCACGAGUCUGAUGCUGAAUCAAAGACAGAAGCUGGUGAGGACAGUGAUGAAUCCAAUAAAGAGGAAGUACAUGAUGAGCUCUAG